AGGCCCAAACCACGACACAGGCAAAUGAGUUACAUUAGUCUUCUGUUUAGCAAAAAGAAACAGGUAAUUUGCCAGCACCAGGAUUGGACAGUUACUGGCCAUUUUAACAAAUGUGACUGUCAAUUUGAAUAAUCUCUGGAACAAAACUGGAAACAGGGUGGCAAAACAAAUGUUCAAGAAUUCAAUUAAGUCUGAACAGGUACUGCAUAGGGUAAUAGGUAAAUAUGUUAUUCAGCUUAAAAAGGCAAACCACAAAACAUUGGAAUUUCUGCUAGAUUUGCUUUUAUGAGAAGACGCUGAGUGUACUGUUCAACUGUGGCACAAUCAGGAAUUGAGGGAUACUGAUUAUUUUCCUUAUAUUGCUACAGACUUUAACCAGGUCAGUUAAAUCCAAACCUCUGAAAGUGUUUAGAUUUUUGUUGCUGUGUAUUGCUAGGCCUAAGUGACUUAGGGCUCUGACUUGAGGCACUGUAGAGUUGCCCUUUAUCUAGACAAAAUCCUAUUCCAGUCAUUGCAUCUCUGGCAUACCACAUUGCAGUUGAACAAUACCAACCUGCAGUGAAGCUGGAAUUGUCAUUACUUUUGUCAUGUUUGUAAUUGCAUCCUCUGCUGUUCUUUAUUCACUAAUGCUUCAAUAGCCAGUUGUUGGUAGCUGACAGAUAUUUCCUUAUUUUUCUGGUUUUGGAAGACUAACAUAACACAGUCCUCACUCUUGCACCCACAUUCAUGCUCUGCUUUGCUAUUCUCACUGCAUGCUUUAGGGACAUACUUUUUCCCAGGAUACCAGAAGACUGUACUGCCAUCACCUUUAAAUUGCAUGAUGUGGCAGCUGAUGUUUCAGUUGCAUAAAGUGCCACCUCGCAGCCCAGGACAAGAAGUGUGCUUUGAAUCUCACAGCAGGUGGAGCAGUGAGUCAGCCUGAAGCUGUUGCAAGGUCAAAGUGAAGACUUUUACAUCUGUGUGUGGAGGGGUUAAAGAACAAUAUCCAUUGCAGCUCUAGAGGGAAGAUUGGCCUCUUGAUUAAAGGGAACAGGAUUGCAGUCCCAGUUGAGAAAUGCACAAGGAGCAUUAUGGCGUGCCCUACACAUGAUGUUGGAUAACGAUUAACACAAAUAUCCAGAGAAAAUGAUAAUCUUAGAUCUUUGUGGAGGUUGUAGGAUGUUCAGAUGCCGAUGGAAGAAUGUCCAUAGUUAUUGCUUGUGAAAUGAGCUGCUUUAUGCGGAAACACUGCUGGACUUGUCUGCUGCAUGGUGAUGCCUUUUUUUUUUUUUUUUUUUUCCCCUCUCUCCUUCCCCAUUCUGGGGAAGGAUCGUGUUUGGUUGUGGCAAGGACCAUCCAGUCCCUGUUCUGCCUCAUCUUUGUGCCAUGGCACGAUCCUGCCCUCCUAACGCAAGUAGUUGCUAAGCAAUAGGUGAAAAUUCAGUGUCUUAAAAAAAUUAAGACAACAUGUCUUGUCUGCAGUGUAGUGCUGAAAUGAACUAAAAUACAGGUUCUCUAAUUUUAUAUGACCCUUUCCUCUCCGUCUUGAACUUUUUAUUCAAAUCCUAUCUGUAAUUCUGUCACUGUGCUGAUCCUAGUAAGUGAAGAGGUUUAUGGAUGUGCUUACAGGUAUCGUAGGCUUUUUCUGCAGAGAAUAGGAAAGGUGGGCUCACCAGCACAUUGACAGAAGUGUGUUGGCAGAAAUGGGAAGUUUCAAGUAGCUCUAGUGUCUGGAGAAAAAAAGUCACAAUGCAGUCUGAAGUGAGGGGAGCGAGGAAAAUGUGUUAGUGGCAGUGUAGGCUCUCGAUGGCAGUUUGGCGUUCCCUGGAUUUCCCCUCACCUUUGGAGCAAAGGGCUGGGACACCUGAAGAACUCACCUGCCAGCCCUUCCAGCAGCACAGAGGGGCUUGCUGUCCUGCAGCGUUCCUCAGAAGCUCAGGAAGAAGGUAGGCUUCAGUGCAUCCCACCGUGCCUGCCUUCCCACCCAGGACACAGCAGCGGUGGUGUCACCUACCUGUCUCCUUGUCCACUUGUCAGUGUCUGCAUGUGCCCACUGUUGGCAGAGGCAGAGCCCUUGUCAACCAAGUCCCAUUUUCAAAAUGUGGUUGCAAGUGGAUGUGUUAGCUGCUGCAACGUUUGACCCAGACAUAGGGCCUGACUUUCAGCUGAUUUUGAAAAAGCUGGUAAAUCACUAGGAUCAGAAUAUUUAAGGAUAUUGAGUAUACCUUGAGCCUUUUGUUCUUGCCAUGCUAAAAUUCUAGUUUUGUAUUUUUUCUACGUGGGAUCUAAAUCCUUGCUAAAGAGAAGGUUAAUACAUAGAAGUGUAAUGUAAAGCUUAAAUUGUUACCCAUCGGGAACAGCUUUAGUGCCUCUGCAUUCCUUCUUGGAGGGAUGUUUUUUCUCCUUGUGUUUUCCGUAGUUGCUGGGAUAGAGUGGUUCAGUAUCCUUCAUAGAUUUGUUGUGCUACUUUGACAGGGACAUUUGAUCAUGUGAGGAAAAUGGUGAUAUUUUAAUGCAUGUUGGCAGCACUAGGCGUUGAACAGAAAGGAUUCUCUAGCACUGACAGAAGUAAUGAACAUUUGCCUGAAGCAAUGCUUGAUCGUCACAUACAUACUGGUGCAAAGUUAUUUGCAGUUGUGCAAAGCAUUGUCUUGGCAAGAAAUGGUGUUUUCUUUAAAAAAAAGCGUAGCUACUGCAUGACGUAUGGCAAGUAAAAAGCUUUGCAAUCUCACAUUGUUCAGGAUGUUUUCUUCAGUCAGAUGAAAAUAUCUGAGUCAAACUUCUCUCAUCAACAGUUUAGUGACAGUCUAUGUGAGGGAGGAAAAGAAGCAAUUUAUUAAUUACUUUUCCAUUGGGUUUGGACCAUUUGCAUGUUUGUGGAAAGAUUAAAGGGAAGUUCUGCCUCAUAGAGCCCUCUGGUGGAGAUGUGCUUAAUAAACGUGGGAGAGUUUUUUUUUUAGUGUGGUUACUACUGAAAAUAGGAAAAGUGUGGGGUUUUGUUUUGGUUUUAAUGCAGACUAAGUUUUUCUACUCUCAUCACUUGUGAAUUGAAAUAUACUUUACACAUAACUGAAAGCAACUUGCUAAACCCUGUAAUGGAUUUUGCAUUGCCCCAUAUCUAUACAGAUACCUAUAAACUGAAGAAUAGACUUAAAUAGAAAUUGCAUUUUGUUGCUACUGAUCUGAGACAAGUGGGAAGGAAAAGCAUUGCUUGAGGGUAUAAAGUACCCCUCUGAUACUAGUAAUAGUAUCUAUUAUUGAAGGAUAAAAACAGCCUGAGGUUUUGGAUAUAUUUUUUUUUCUUAUGCCAGUAUUAACAAGCAAUGUGGUAAGCCAUAUUUUAUCUGGUUUAGGAACUGUGGUUCCAACUCUGGAUUCUUUAUAUGCUUUAAUUCCUUGCUUUAUCUUUUUGGCUUUGUUUUAUGAACUGCAGUGUUCUAGAAAAAAUUACUUUUAGGUUAAUGAUAAGUAAUGUCUGCAUUUAAUUUUCACUUUUUUUUCUCUCAAUUCCUGUUGCUGCAAAAUUAGCCAAAUUAAAGAGAAGAAGAGACAGAGACCAUGUGAUGGUACAUAGGAUGGACUGCACGUAUUAGAAAUUUGCAUUUCAACCAACAAGUUUGUAUAAAAUCUCUAUCGUCUCAUUAACUGCUAAUCUAAGUCUGGAAUCCUAUCUGAAUAAAAAUAGCAAUGCAUUGCUUUUCUGAGACAUUCAGCAUUGCAAGCUCUGACUUCUGUGGAAGCUGCAAGAUCUGAGAUGCUUUUGAAAACCUUGCCAAAGUUUCAGGGGAGGAAAGCAAAGAUAUCAAAUUAUCACUGUGCUUUUAUCUUUCAGGGCAGGACUAUGGGGCACUAGGGAAGUUGCUUCAUUGCCAAACAGAUCAUCUUUCCUUUCAGAACCCUCCCACCCUGUUCCUGCCUAAUCCUCUUCUGACAGAAAAAAUACCAUAAUAAUACAAGUACCCUGAGAACUGUACGAGUGAAUGUAGAUCUCUGGCAUUAAAGAGAAUGUGUGCUGGUAGAACUGUGACACGUGAUCAUCUGUAGUAACGAUGACUAAAUGUUGUGACUGCACAAGUUUUAUAUUGAAAUUUUCUUACCUUUAGAUUCAGAUGGCUGAGUGAUGCAGGAUGUCUGUUUUGGAAAGCUGAGGAGUGGGAGGGAAUGCUCAUGGGUUAGAGAAGGGGGGGCUCUUCAGGUAUGCUUCCUUUCUUAUGGGAUGGCUAUAUUCCUCAAUACUGCCUGUGUACUGCACCCUUUCUGCUUCUCAGAAGACACAGCCCCCCUAGCCUGGGAGCCUGCUUGAGCUGUCUGUGAACAACAUACAACUGAGGAACCAUUGGUUGCUCAUCCUCACCUUUAUAUCCAGUAUGAGUACAAAACUGGGGGCAAAAACUGUAUGAAGGGGAACUGGUGGGAAACACCUUCUUUGAUUGUGUAUACUGAUGCUACGUAUGAGCUCUUUGGGCAAGAGUUUAUUCCAGCUGAUAUUUAUGCAGGAUUUUGUAAAAGGUCUCUACUUCAGUGUGCUGCUACCUCAUCACUGAAAAGAAGAAAACAUGAGCUGCUGCUCAGGGCUCUGGAAAAUGCCUAAUAAUUUUCUGCCUACUAACAUGCUUUGGAAAAUGUGCCCGAAAUACGCUUACGUGUGUGUGUUUAGGAGAGGAAGGGCGUUCAGACUUAUGAGGCAUAUUCAACAACCAUUUUCUGAAGACCAGGCUGGUUUUGAAAUGUUGCGAUUGAGUUUUCUGGACUGUGUUCUUGUGUCUGUGUCAGCUUGAGAGUUUAAAUCAAACUAAGAAUCUUGAUGAAGUUAGGUUUUUAAAGAUAUGAAGGGAUGGACUUUAGAGGAAGCAUAUCCUGCUCUUUAAAGAAAUUGAUGUUUGUGCCUCUAUGUUGUGCUGCAGUUUUUGUAUUCGCUGUGAUGAUGGGGAUUAAUUGCAAGCCAAGCUGAUGACCAACUGACCUGAGCCAACUUUUGUUGAGGUUUCCAAAGCGUUGCACAAGAGGUUUGAAGGAAAAGGUUUGGGGGCAUGUGACAAUUAAUCUCUUUAGCAGUAAGAAUGAAGUUUAAGCACACUGUUGGAAAUGUACUCAGUUCUGUGCUGCCCUUUGUUUUAAUUAAUGAACUCCUGCAUAGAUUUGGAGUGUAAACUUCUUUGCCCUUUAGUCCAAUUAAAUCAUGCUUGGAGGCUGUCAAUGAUGGAGGGAACUUCCCCCUACCCCCCUUAAUUUUUCAGUGAAUCUGUUGAAUAAUGAAAGAUUUUGCCUAACAGGGGUUUAUAGUGUUUCGUGAUCUUGAAUUAUUGCAGAGGUUAGACGCCAGUUUCUUGUCCAAAAUGCAUUGGAAUGAUUCAUCCAAUUCUUCAGAAAGUGACAAUGAAGCUCAUUCAGCCUUUACGCAGACUGAGCACAACAUAGUUGCAGCUUACUUAAUAACAGCAGGAGUGAUAAGCAUUUUCAGUAACAUUGUUGUGUUAGGCAUCUUUGUUAAGUACAAAGAGCUUCGGACAGCAACCAACGCAAUUAUUAUCAACUUGGCUUUUACUGACAUUGGUGUUAGUGGCAUUGGUUACCCCAUGUCUGCUGCCUCAGACCUGUAUGGAAGCUGGAAAUUUGGAUAUACUGGAUGCCAGAUCUACGCUGCCUUAAAUAUCUUCUUUGGAAUGGCGAGUAUUGGAUUGCUCACUGUUGUUGCAGUUGACCGUUAUCUGACAAUCUGCAGGCCUGAGAUGGGAAGAAGAAUGACUGCUCGUAGCUAUGCCACUCUAAUCCUUGCAGCUUGGAUAAAUGCAGUCUUUUGGGCUUCCAUGCCUACAGUAGGCUGGGCUAGCUACGCUCCAGAUCCAACUGGAGCAACAUGCACAGUAAAUUGGAGGAAAAAUGAUGUGUCCUUUGUUUCCUACACAAUGAGUGUAAUUGCUGUUAAUUUUGUUGUACCCUUAACAGUCAUGUUUUACUGUUAUUACAAUGUUUCCCGGACAAUGAAGCAAUAUGCCAGCAGUAACUGCCUGGAGAACAUCAACGUAGAUUGGUCUGACCAAGUAGAUGUGACAAAGAUGUCUGUUGUGAUGAUUGCAAUGUUCUUGGUGGCGUGGUCUCCGUAUUCUAUUGUGUGCUUAUGGUCUUCCUUUGGAGACCCAAAGAAAAUUUCUCCUGCCAUGGCCAUCAUAGCUCCUCUAUUCGCAAAAUCUUCCACAUUCUAUAAUCCCUGCAUUUAUGUUGUUGCAAACAAAAAGUUUCGGAGGGCAAUCCUGGCAAUGGUGCAAUGUCGGACAAGAGAAGAGAUAACUAUAAACAAUGCCUUGCCCAUGAGCACAUCUCAAAGUGCACUAACAUCAUAG